UUUAUAUACAACUAGCAGCUCCAAACAGUACUCUCUAAGUCCAACUUCUUCAAGCUGUUCUCAGUGACUCUCCAUCUCUCAGUUAUACACCAACAAUCCUUUGAAGCAGCUUUAACUACUCCAGAAACUAGAUUAGGUUUCAGUCUUUUCAGACAACCUAGAGCUGUAAAGGAUUAUUCGAUUCUUGCAUGAUCAAGCAAGAGGAUGAUUUUCCUUUUUCUUUUCCAAGCGGGCUGACCAAAAACGAGUUCAAGAGGCGUUACACCUCUGAUGUAACAAGAAACAACAAUCGUCUGUGAUGAGUUGACGACUUUAUUGUGCACAAUGUGACUAUUGUGCCUGGCCCAAAGCGAACGAAGCAUGGGCUUUCGGUCGCUAUUUUUAUAAGUACUAAACCGACCUCUUAUUUUUCAAAAUUACCUUUAGUCUAGUGGUUAAAUAACAGUUGUUGUUUAGAUAAUAUAAUUGAUAAAAAUAUAAAAUUAUUAAACUGGCCACAUAUAUUGUCAAGAUAAUAUAAUUAACAAAAUUAUUAAAUUGAGUGAAAUAUAAAAAGACAAUUAAUGAAAUUAUUAAAAAAAACUUAUAUAUUAUUUUAUACUGUUAUUUAUGUUUCCAAACAAUUCUCAUUUAUAUUGUUAUCUAUAUUUUCAAAAUUAUCAAAAACUACUUUAAUUUUAAUAAUAUCAAAAAUUAUCAAAAAGCAGUCCAAUUUUAAUAAUGUAGAUAUAUUUUUAUUAUUGAACUGAUAAUUAUGAUUAGGGUCCAACGAGACAAAUUUCUUAAUUAGAAAAGGUUGAAUUAUAUCCAAAAAGGUUUGUGAUAGUGGGAAACAGAAUAAAUGUUGCAACUCCUCCAUAUCCUUCCCCAUAGGAGAGUAAAAAAAGGAAAACCCUAGACUGUAAGAGGAAAGAGGAAAUCUCUAAGACAACAAGAAAAAGGGAAACUCAAUUACGAUCGUUUCUCUCAUCUCCGAGUCAAUCUUGUUGAUUGAGGCACAAGCUAUCUAUUGAUUGAGGCUCAAGCUAUCAAAAUUAAUGGAGGGAGAUCAACAGAGACCUUACUCUGUUCUAACGAGAAAUGAAGUUAAAGAGAAAAUGAAUAAACAGAUCGACGACAUCUCAGGAGUCUUCUACGUUUCAAAAAACGACGCCACCGUUCUCUUCAUGUAUCUCCGAUGGGACACCCUUAGGGUCUCUGAGCGUUUGGGUGAAGACAAGGACAAGUUAUUUUCUGAAUCAGGCUUAAGUUCAGUUGUAAGUGAUUUGUCUGAUUCAUCAUGGGUGAUUUGCAAUAAUAAGACUAGUGAUGGUCAUGUGAAUGAUGAUGGUUUAAUCUCCACGCCGUGUUGCUCACACAAGUUCUGCACAACCUGUUGGAGAGAGUACCUCGACUCUCUGGAGAAGAACCAAACCGUAAUCUCAUGUCCCGACCAAAACUGUCGAGCUUCUGUUGGACCGGACACGAUCAAGAAGCUAACGGGAAAGGAUAAAGACUUCUACGAGAGUUAUAUCUUGAGAUCUUACAUCGAGGAAAACAAGGGAUUGAUGAUCAAGCAAUGUCCAGCACCGGAUUGCAACUACGUCAUUGAGUUUCAUCAGGCCAAUGAUGUGGAAGAGUACGGUUUAAACGUGGUGUGUCUCUGUGGUCACACCUUCUGCUGGAGAUGCAGCUUCGAGUCACACAGACCUGUGACGUGCAACAACGUCUCUGACUGGUUAUCCACAGAAGUCGAAGUUUCGGUUGUUGAUCGCUGGGAGGAGCGUAAGGCUGCAAUGGAGGGAGCACAAGACGAUCUACAAGACUUCGAAGACUACAUCAUCAAGAACCCAGAUAGUUUAAAAGAGCAAGACGUUAGGAUUGUGAGAGAAGGUCUUAUGCUUCUUAUCCAAUGCAGGCAGGUUCUUAAAUGGAGCUGUGUCUACGAGUACUUCCACACGGAGCAUGAGACAUCGAAGAAGGAGUAUCUCCAGUUCUUGCAAGACAUUGCGACGACGACGCUGCAAAGCUACUUAAAGACGUUGCUAGAGGAAACUGAAACAGCCUUUUAUGCAGCAGAUGCUUUAGUGCUUUGUAAGUUUAGGCAUAGCUUGACUACCGCGACGAGUAACGUUGGUAACUUCUUUUAUCAUUUCAUCAAAACUUUGCAAGAUGGUAUAGUAGACGUGAAGGUGAAGUCUUAUGACAAUGUCGCUGGUCCUUACUGGCUUUGCGAUAGAUGUACGUAUGGAAACAGUUGGCUUGAUAUGAAGUGUAAGAUGUGCUGUGAGGCUACUACAUCUAAGCUAAGUGAUUUAUCUCUUAAAUGGGUUUCAAAGCGAUCAUACCAACACUAAUGCACCGGAUCCCAUCAGAACUCCGCAGUUAAGCCAAAAGUAAUACUAUGCUUGAGUUUGUGUCACAAAAAAAGGGCAAACAUGAAAUUUGCAACGUUUAAGGUUGUUUUUUUUGGUUCUUGUAUACCUUUAUAAGACUAGUUUCCAUCAUGUUCUUGAUCCUUAUUACAUAAAUAAUUUGUUUUUUCUGACUUAA